AUGGAGCAAUGUAAUUUGUGUUCUGAAGAUCGUGAUUCUGAUGAUCUGAUAGAAGUGAAAGGCAGUUUCGUGAAAUUAAAAACAGGAAUUGUUGAAUUCUUACAUGCUAUGCUGAAUGUUUUCUGCGAAAAUAAACUGGAUAAUAUCAAACAAAUCUGCCGUGAAUGCAAGGAUCAAAUUGUCACAUUUUACAAUUUCAAAGAAAAAGUUAAAGAAAAUUUGCCAGCAAAAAAUGUUUCAAGAAACCAAGAAUUAUUGCAACAUGUCGAAGAUUUUCUUUGUGGGAAGUCUGAAGAAAUGAAAAUGAUUAAAUCCGAAACUACAUUAACAAUCACUCCUGUAAAUGAUGCAAAACAAUGA